CGUACGCAUUUAAGGCUUAAAUAGGCCAAUGCCGCGACCCUGACCCGUACUAAUGGAAUUCCAACUGUAUUCAGCCGUUUCAGACUCUGUGGACAUGUGGCGGUGGUGUAUUUUGGCGCUGUGGAGUUUGGUUGUGAAUUUCGGCAUUCUACCAGUGGCUGCUCAGCACGAUCACCCGAGUGAGUGCACAUUUCCAAGAUUCGUCCAGAGUCCCAUGACACAGGAUGGCGAUCUGAUGCCCUGGAUAACACAGAGACUGUGGAAGGCGGACGGCUCCCGGUGGAUCACCCAAGUGGAACACAGAAUUAACAAAAACACCAUAGAUUCUCUACGGCGAAACGAAGCAGACUGUUCGGAUGGCAUAUGCAUCAGCACGGCGGAGCUUUACACGAGAGUCUGUCUGCAAAGCCAACACCAUAAUAAAUUCAUUGUAAGAGAAACGAAGAAACACCGCCCAGGAGUCAAAGAAUAUAAAUGCAUGCAGUUCAUCAGACGGAGUGGUAUAGUGGUACAGGUCCGGACAGGAGUGGCGUGGUCGUCGAUAGACCAAGUCAAAUGCGACGAUGAUUCAUUGUCCGUGGACGCCGAUUAUGACUGGCCGUGGCUUGGGCCUAGACUGACGGAACAGUGGAUAGAGUGCCCGCUCAUUGGAGGGUUUGACUUCGUCACCACGGAUAUUGCUAAGAGACAGAUUGGAGAGUGA